AUGAAUAUCCAAAAUGAGAAUCAAAUCAUUGAAAUACCGGAUGAUGACUCAACAGCGUCUGAAGAUGAGAAUUCGACGGCUGAGAGAGCUGCCAGUCGCUCAAGAAAGCGCAAAGUCGGAGACGAUGACGUCUCAGAAAAGGUGCACUGGUCUGACGGCUCUGAUGCAGUGCCCGUGAAGCCGGCAAAACGAAGGGCAAAACGCAAGUCAAUCGCAAAAAACAAGCAAAAUCCAAAGCCUAGCAGUGGACACGAGGCAAGAGAUGAGCCUGAUCUCGGAGACAUUCCGGACUAUUUACAAGAGAGACGUCGAAAGUAUGAUGCAAACAGGAAACAGUAUCACGAGGCUGCCCUCAUGCUUCCUCCCGACUAUACUGAUAUUGAUUUCCUUGAAUCAACAGGAACGAGAGAGCUCAAGCAGAGACCCGAGUUUGAUGCCAGAAGUGGUGUCAAGCCGUCUCGGCCGUACAAAGACAUUGAGCUACCCCAGUCGGCCGGGCUCAUCCCAGCACCCAUCGCUCAAUACUUGCGAGACUACCAGGUGGUUGGGGCCAAGUUCCUUCAUCGCAAGUUCGUCUUCCAGGAAGGAUGCAUACUCGGCGACGACAUGGGUCUUGGCAAAACAGUCCAGGUCGCUGCGUUCCUCGCAGCCGCAUUCGGCAAAACUGGUGACGAGCGGGACGAUAGACGAAUGAGGGAAGUUCGAUUUCGCCCCGAUCGCUGGUAUCCCAGAAUACUCGUCGUCUGCCCUGGAUCUCUCAUCAUCAACUGGAAGAACGAGUUGAACAGAUGGGGGUGGUGGCACGUUGACAUAUAUCACGGCGCAAACAAGGACGACGUCAUGGGCACGGCGCGAUCUGGGCUCCUCGAGAUCAUGAUCACGACAUAUGACACGUACAAAAAUAACCGCAGUGCUAUCAACAUGGUCCCGUGGGAUGCUUGCAUCGCAGACGAAUGCCACCGACUCAAAGAGAGGUCGUCCGAAACGACCAAGGCAAUGAACGAGGUGAAUUCGCUCUGUCGCAUCGGGCUCACCGGAACCGCAAUCCAAAACAAGUACGAGGAACUGUGGACGCUGCUCGACUGGACAAACCCAGGACAUCUCGGGACCAAGCCGGAGUGGAUGCAGGCCAUCAGCAAGCCCUUGACCGUCGGGCAGUCCCACGACGCAACGGUGGCCCAGCUAAGUUUGGCUCGACAGACUGCCAAAAAGCUCGUUCAGAACCUCUUGCCCCGCUACUUCCUGCGGCGCAUGAAGAGUCUCAUUGCAGACCAACUACCGAGGAAGACGGACAGGGUCGUCUUCUGCCCCCUCACAGACGUACAGGCCGAGGCGUACGAAAGCUUCCUCAGCUGCCCCGAGAUUCAUCUUCUGCGCACGGUAUCGGAUCCAUGCCCACACGGCAGAAAGAAGGGCUGGUGCUGUCAGACCCGCCUCCCCGACGGCAGACGAUGGCCCGCCAUUGUGUUUCCGAGCAUGAUGACGCUGCAAAAGCUAGCGAACCACCUCGCGCUGCUCACGCCAUCCACCACAGACCUCGACAGCAAGCACAAGAAGGAUCUCGAAACGCUCAAGCUCUGCCUCCCGGACACGUGGAGGCCACUCUACGAGAAGAGAGACCAGAUCAGAAGCCUUGUCGACCCCGAGCUUUGCGGCAAGUGGAAAGUCAUGAAGAAGCUGCUGAGGUUCUGGCACCAAAACGGCGACAAGGUGCUUGUCUUCUCCCACAGCGUGCGACUGCUCCGCAUCCUGCAGCACCUGUUCACGAGCACGAGCUACAACGUCAGCUACCUAGACGGGUCGCUGAGCUACGAGGAGCGACAGGACGUCGUCGACACCUUCAACUCCGACCCCAUGCAGUUUGUGUUCCUCAUCUCGACCAAGGCAGGCGGGGUAGGGCUCAACAUCACGUCCGCCAAUAAGGUCGUCAUUGUCGACCCUCACUGGAACCCAUCGUACGACCUGCAAGCCCAGGACCGCGCGUACAGAAUAGGCCAGACGCGGGACGUUGAGGUCUUCCGCCUCAUUUCUCAGGGCACCGUCGAGGAAAUCGUCUACGCGCGACAGGUGUACAAGCAGCAACAGGCUAAUAUCGGAUACACGGCCUCGUCUGAACGCCGAUACUUCAAGGGCGUGCAGCAUGACGAGGACAGAAAGGGUGAGAUCUUCGGCCUGUCCAACAUCUUCACGUACCACGGGACGUCCAGCCUCGUGAGGAACAUUGUGAACAACACCAACAUAGCCGAGGCCAAAGCGGGCGUCGACAUGGCAGACGUCGACAUGGAGCGGGCGGCCAAGGACGAAGAAGCGCUGAGCCCGCUGAUACGGGAAGAGGGCGGCGCCGAAGACGGCGGCGCGGGCCAGAUGGCUGCCCUUCUUACGGCCGAGAACCAACAGCAGCUGCUGGAGUCCAAAAAGUCGGGCGCGCCCAAAAGCGACGCCAUCCAGGCAAUCUUGGCGUCAGCCGGCGUGGAGUACACUCACGACAACUCUGAGGUUAUCGGCACGUCCAAGAUUGAGGAGCAGCUCUCGCGCCGAGCCGCCAUGCGCUCAUACGCCGACGGGGAUGCAGAGGGACAAAAUACCCUGUUUGCAGACAGCCAGGACGAGGACGAUGGAACCGUGCUGCACAGCACGUAUCGACCGCCAGAGGAUGUGUGUCUGCGGCAAUUCUGUUCCAUGGGCCAGGAAUUCGGGUUCAUUAAUGCUACGGAGUUUGCGCUCGUGGUGGAGAGUUGGUCGCAAGAGGCGAGGAGAAACUGUCUCGACGCGUUCUAUAGGAGGAGGGAGGCACAGCUGGAGGGAGCGGAGAAUUCGAAGGCGCACAGGGCGGCUGAGGCUGCUGCCGAGGCGGUGGUUGAGGAUGGGGAUGCAAAAGACGUUGUGAACCGCGAGGACGUGGCGCAGGUUAAAGAUGAAGACACCACGGAGGACAAGGACAAAAAAACAAAGACGAUUACGGAUGAAAAUACAAGGAGGGACGUCGAGCAUGGGGACAUUGACGCUGAAGGCAUCAAGUUGGGAGACUCGAAGACAGAGGGCAUGACGGACGACAAUAUCAAGGAAGAGGGAGUCAAGACGGCGGAUGUUGAGCACGGAGACGAGGGUGCCCCGGAAGGUAUUGAAGUGAAGCCAAAAACAUUCAAAGUGGAGGGCACGUCAAAAAAAGAUUCGAUUUUUAUUUCCGAUGACGGUGAUGACGAAUUAUAG